UAGAGAGAAAUCAAAGUCGCUGCUGCUAACCUCGGGCACCUGGUGCGACUACUCACCCUGCUCGGUCAUCUAUACACACUCUUGUGGAACCAUGGACGAACCGCUAUCGAAAACAUAUAGACCGUACUUUACGCCCAAGGAGAUCUCAGCCUUGUCGGCGAGGCAGCGAGGGAAACAGUCGACCGCGAGGGACGAGAAGCAUCGUCAGAUUGCGUGUGGGUUCAUCGAGGCUGUCGGUUCACGGGCCGGAUUUCCACGAAGAACGAUCGCAACGGCUCAGUCGCUGUACCACCGAUUUCACCUCUUCUUUCCCCUCAAAGACUUCAACUAUGUUGAAGUCUCCUUGACCACCAUUUACGUCUCUUCGAAGCUCCACGACACGCUAAAGAAACCUCGCGACAUCAUCAUCUCCUCCUACGCCAUCCGGUACCCCGACCUGCUCAAAGGGAGGUCCCAAAUCGACAUUUCCUCGGUCGACAUCAAGCAGCUGGAGCACGAUCGAAAGAAAGUUCUGGCCAUCGAGAGGUUGGUGCUGGAGACGAUAUGUUUCAACUUUCUGGAUGCUGGUGCGGGGGCUGGGAGUGGAAAGGCCGAUGUCUUUGGGUUGGUGAUGAAGUUGGGAAGGAAGAUGAGGUUCUCGAAACGGUAUAUACAGCACGCCUGGCGGCUGGCAAUCGAUACAUUCCGAACUCUUGCCCCGCUUCAACAACCUCCGCAUAUCGUCGCCCUCGCAUCGCUCUAUACAGCUUCUCUAUUGCUCAUCAGCCCGGUCGAAGCGGACCGUCUCAAGAGACAAAACAUCACCAACCUGGAAGCGGAUGAAGCUAUGCGCGCCCUUUUGAACGAGACGACAAGAGGAAGGAUGAUAUUUGAGGAUAAUGCUGAGUGGGAACAGGAUUUGCAGGCGAACCUGGCCGAUGUGGACGAGGUCGUUCACGACAUCUUGGACAUGUAUAUCGUCAUCCUGAGUUCACUAGCCCUAGGUGGAGACGCGGCAUCUACACCCCUCGCAUCACCGCAUUCUCCAUCCGACCCAGCGUCAUCUAUGGCUUCGGCACAAUCCUCAAAUUCGACUCAGAAUCGAUACCUCCUCCCAUCCUUCUCCCUGCCAUCUUACUGGACAUCGAGCACCCUGACUCAGCUCAAGAUCCAGCUGCAUCAGUCUCGCGCGGACGGGAUCGGCGGACGACCAAAAGUCAACUUGCAGACCCCGAUCGAGACUACCUUUGGGAUCGGGAUCAGUGAUGGUGCUCGGGCGGGUGGGGAGAAGGACGCUUGGCUCAGCUUGAUCGAGGGGCUUGGCAAGAAUGAGGGAACAGUUCGGUUCGUGUUUGGAUAAGUGAAGCGGAUCAAGCCAAAGAGGCGAUUCCCUUGUAACGCGUUGAAUGAGUCGAGGACUCCCUUUGUCGCUCACCCCCGGCUCGGGAGUUGUAUCACCCUUGCUGUUUCAGAUCAGCGACCACAACUGAGUCGAGCGAUAUUGUGCUCUCAAAUUGUCCAAUCUUGACAAGCCGAUCAAUAAGGCCAUGUACGCCAAAUUUCUAUCUAAUUACCAGCU